AUGCUAAUGGAGGAGCUGAAGAGACGCGACUCCGAGACGGAGGAAGAAUACAAAAACAGAAUCGCUGAAUAUCGAAGAGAAAUGAAGGAAGAAGAGGAGGACGAUGAGGAAGAGGAAGAAGAGGAGGAAGAGGAGGAGCAAGAACCAGAGCAAGAAGUGUCGGAGUUGCAACCACCCUCAACAGCCGGAGAACCUGUGCAGCCCGAAAUAGAAGAAAGGAAACGGUCUUUCUCUGACCGGCAGAAAAUCCUUGAAGAGAAGAAAAUACAACAACAGAGGGAAGAGGCUGAACGAACGAGAAUCGAAGAAGAGAAACGGAUUAAGAAGGAUGCCAAACGCAGAGAGCGGAAAGAACGGGAACGCAGAGAAUCCAUGCGUAUCCAGAAGUUAGAGGAGCAAAACAAAAACGAUUAUGUCAGCUAUUAUGGUCCAAACUUUUCUGUACACCCAGCAUUAACAAAUAGGGGAGUAAAUAAGCCACCUCCUCCUGUAAUAAGGCAAGAGUAUGAUGCCUUCUCUGAAGGCAUGACACCAGAACGCAUCAUAGGGGCCACAGACGAACUUGGUGAACUCUCCUUCCUUGUCAAGUGGAAAGGCACUGAUGAAGCUGAUUUUGUUCCCGCAAAGAAAGCCAAAUUGCAUUGUCCAGAGUUGGUCAUCAGCUUUUUCUUCUUUUUUUCUUUCGGUGAAUUCCUUUGGGAAGCUGAAUUCAAAGGCGUUUUUUCACCUUCUGUAAUUGAAGAAUUGCGGGUUCUUGUUCCUACCUCUUUGUCUUCUUCAGUUUCCGAACCCGACUCACCGCAACAGGGAUAUACACUUUCUUCCUCUCUUUGGUUUUCUUUCUUUCUUUCUUUCUUUCUUUCUUUCUUUCUUUCUUUCUUUCUUUCUUUCUUUCUUCUUCUUUACACAAUUCAACUUGUAACAGAGGUGUAUACUUUCUUCCUCUCUGGUUUUCUCUUUUCUUCAAACGCAGGCUGUAUUCUCAGCGUACAAAUUUCCCUGCGUCUUCAAUUUGGGGUUAUCGAACAGAAAUACUCGUUCUUAUAUUUCUUGUCCGGAGUUGCCUGGGAUGAAUCAGACAAGUUCCAUCAUUAUCAAAUGAGUCUUAUCUUUCCGUUCAUAAGUUAUCAGCGCUUCGAUUUCGAGUCCUGCUCCUUCAAAGACAAGACAGCAACUGACUCCCAAGUGAAUUUUGAACUCUCACAUGUCUUGAGUUUUGGCGCGAAUUCCAGCUUACAUCAGUCCCCUGUCUAG